UAAUAUGAAAGCAGUCAUGAAGAUAUUUCAAUCUUCUGAUUAUCAUUACCUGACAAUAGGGACUGGAUUGGGUGUGAAUACAGCUGAUUUGAUAGAAAUGCAAGGCACAGCAAAUACCAAACUUCAUUUGGUAUUCCAGAGAUGGUUUGAUGCUGAUAGAGAUGUCAAUUGGGAUACAUUAAUAAAACUGUGUGAUGACUUUCCUGAUCAACUGGGCAGAGCAAAAUCUAUUCUUCUGGCAUAUAUAGGUAGUCCUUCUUAUGGUAUAACUACUCCUUUCAAAAGUAAAGCAAAUGAAGAGGAAGUAUGUAAGUCUUUUGAUGAGUUAUAUAAAAGGUUUUUUGAUUUAGCUGAUUCUUUUAAUAAGUCACUUCAAGAAAAAAUAGAACACAACAGCCAACUAGCCACUCAGGUAUCUGAAUGGCUCAUAAAACAAAUGGACUGGGAAUAUGGCUCAGUAGAAAGUAAUUUAGAUGAUAUCUUAAGAAAGAUCCAUCCUUAUUAUGACUUUAUUGAUUGUAAACUGUUAUUAGACAUGAGUAUAAAAUUCCUGCCAGAUGUAACAAUUACUGACGAUGGAGUAACUUAUAAACUAGUUGAUGAAUUAUACAGCCAUAAUCGUAUGAGUAAGAGGCUGUGUACAUCAAACACAGUUUCUACACUCCAAAAGUUACUGGAGGAACACUAUAAGCCUUUAUAUAAAAGCAUGGAUAAUCUACCUUGCAUUAACAUACACCUUCAAACUCGCUGGAAUCACAUAAGCAUAAGAGGAUUAUAUAAACUUAUUGAAAAGUUACUGCCUCAAAAAGACAAACAGCCAAAAUACAGACAGUUAAUUAUUAAACAUAUUACAAUAAGAAGUAAAUGUGUUGUCAUCAAGUUAUAUAUUCUUGACAUUACAGCUGAUAGUCUAAUAGAAUAUGCUAGAGGAAAGUUACAGUUUAUGCGACAAUAA